CAGUAAAGCGUGUUGAUGCAUUGUGAUAGAGUUAAAGCAGCAUUCGCACAGUUUACACCAGAAAGCUUCUUAUCUGAAACGCUAAGAAACGGCGUGUUGAUCUUUGGCGGUAUUCGGUGUGUGGGGUAACCGCAGCGGAGGCUCCUACUGGGCCUUUAAGUGGGCUGGCGGCGGAGCGAGGCGACGUCACGGGCGCGCUGACAUGUACACUGGCACUCUGUAGUCCGACCACAUCUAGAGCCAGCCCCCGCGCGCGGAGAUCCCCGGCAGUCGGACACUAUCCGCGAGGGUUUACCUGCACGCACAGCAUCACCGACGCGCGGAACACGAGCAGGACUGAAGCGCGCCAGCCGGAGCCAUGUCUGUAGCAGGACUGAAGAAGCAGUUCCACAAAGCCACUCAGAAAGUGAGUGAGAAGGUGGGAGGUGCUGAAGGCACUAAACUGGAUGAGGACUUUGUGGAAAUGGAGAAGAAAGUGGAUAUCACCAGCAGAGCAGUGAUGGACAUCAUGACCAAGACCACAGAGUACCUGCAGCCGAACCCAGCAACCCGUGCUAAGAUGAGUAUGAUGAGCUCUAUGUCUAAGAUCCGCGGAGGUGAGCGUGGUCCAGGCUACACACAGACGGAGGCUGUGCUCGGGGAGGCCAUGCAGAAGUUUGGCAGGGAACUUGGAGAAGAGUCCAAUUUUGGUCUGGCUCUGAUCGACACUGGCGAGGCGAUGCGGGAGCUGGGAGAGGUGAAGGAUGCUCUGGACAUGGAGGUCAAGCAGAACUUCAUCGACCCCCUCCAGAACCUACAUGACAAGGACCUGAAAGAGAUCCAGCACCACCUGAAGAAGAUGGAGGGCCGUCGGCUGGACUUUGACUACAAGAAGAAGCGCCAGGGCAAAGUGACGGAGGAGGAAAUCAAACAGGCGCUGGAGAAGUUUGAUGACUCGAAGGAGAUCGCUGAGCAGAGCAUGUUCAACCUGCUGGAGAAUGAUAUAGAGCAGGUGAGCCAGCUGUCUGCGCUGGUUCAGGCACAGCUGGACUACCACAGACAGGCCACUGAGAUCCUGCAGCAGCUCUCAGGGAAGAUGGAUGACAGGAUACGAGACACUUCCGGUAAGCCCAGGAAGGAGUACGUGCCAAAGCCCCGCAUCGCCGUGGACUUCAGCCCUGCCAGCGAGGCCCAGAAUGGGGGGCUCAGUCACAGCGCACCGGCUCGCUCCCCUGCUCCUAUGGACCAGCCCUGCUGUCGGGCUCUGUAUGAUUUCGACCCUGAGAACGAGGGUGAGCUAGGCUUUAAGGAAGGAGACAUCAUCACCCUGACCAAUAAGAUCGAUGAGAACUGGUAUGAAGGUAUGCUCCAUGGCCAGUCUGGCUUCUUCCCCGUCAACUAUGUCGACAUCCUUGUGGCCCUACCGCACUAAACACCACAUGUGCCCCUACCCCCGCAUCUCAUGUGAGCCUCCCAUCUCCACCACUCCAAAAUCACCACGACGACCGGGACACCAGAAACGAAGAGCAGCUCGGCGCGUGUUCCAACGAAGAACGGCACUGACGACAUUUUUGCUUGCCACUGGUACAUCACUGCUACUGAGUUGGAGAACUGUCACUUGGUUUUUUGGAAUGUUUUUGGUUCCUCGAGGAGCGUGUUUUUGGGGGUGUGAACGUGAGUGAGAAGCAAGUGAACAGUAACCCGUCUGCUCUGUCCCCUCCUUCUGCUUGUUUCUGUGAAAACAAAAUGCCAAUGGCUUUAGUCUUCGGUACCAUUUUGAAAACAAUGCUCCCUAAACCGGGCGUGUUUUUGCCUUUCUCCUGACCCUCCUCGACCUGGUUAUAAAGGAAAAAAUGAAUAUUAAAUUUUCUUCUGCAUGUGUGAGACAAGCUCCAGAGUGUCAACCCCAUCCACUCUUCCAAGCUGCAGGAACUAUGCUCAGAGCCUGUGGGUUCCAGUGUGUAAUUGUUUUAAGAUGGCUCAUCCACUCUCAGUAUUAAAGACACCAUUCUAUUGUGUCCACAGGCCUGGUUUAUGAUUCUAUGGAGCCAUGAAUCUGUGACCAAUAUUAAUAACUACAAAAAAACGAAAGUGAUGUGAAGUAUAAAUGUUGGCAUGUCGUGAUUUAAAUCUGAGCUAUUUCCUGCUAAAUGAAACAAACAUUUCUCUUUAUGACUGUGUGAAAGCAAAUCGUGAUGUUUUUCCUGCAUUGUAAUGUAAUAAUCUCAUAAUCCAAUGUUGACAGAUGUACCGUAUGUUAGCUCCUUGCUGUUCCAGAUUUGUCAGCUUUUAAAGUCGUAUGUUUCCUGAACAGGUUAAAGACUCGGGGUACGGUUCCAAACUGGUACCGUGAUCUGCUAGCACUACUAGAAAAUACGUACAAGACAAAAAGGGAUAAAGGUCACAGAGUUCACGAAGCUUUAGCUUGUGUUGCUGCUGCUGCUGUCUCUGAUGGGCACCCUGCCUUUCCCUCUGUCUGUUGUAGCUGUGGUUGUAGCUGUGGUUGUAGCUGUGGUUGUAGCUGUGGUUGGAUCGUGUUCCCUCUGGGCUCUCCCUUUAUUCCUUCCCAUUCCAGAUCAGAUCUUUUCCAGAAUCUGGAGAAGCUGCUUUGUCUGUUGCUUUGCGGUGGAUGAAAGGUUCAGUCGUUCAGCAUCUGGGCUCCACCACAGCAGUGAGGGACCUGAAGACUCCGCAGGGAUGCUUCAUCACUACAGUUUCUUGUAUGUGGAAGUGGCUUUGAAUGCAGUUGUCAAUAUGGCUCAUCUUGUAAACUAACCAGGCCAACCGGGGGACAGAUUGAUGGUGGUGCAGUUCCCAGCUCAGGUGGAGAAAGUAAGUAAGAGUAGGAGCAGUAGCUUCAGACCGAGGGUUGGACACGUCCAAAACUCCAGCAUUCAGACCGAGGGUUGGAAACGUCCAACUCUUGUGUUCUGUUUGGUGAUGAGCACAAAUCUGGAGCAGAAGGCAUUUUACUUUUUAAAGAUGACGACUCAUCCAUUCCUUUAUUUCCUGCUGCGUGGUUACCCUCAGUGAGGUGUGUAUAGCUUUCUUUUGUGUUUUGUGUUGUUAUCUUGUAUUUGGUUAUACUUCUGCAAUGCUGUGUUGUUUCUGCAGAGGUAAUAAAGUAUAUGCAGAUAGAUAUAUAACAGAUGUGACUAUAUUACUUGCUGAAGGGAGGAUUUAGUAGCAAACAUAAUGUUAUUUUGAUUUCUUGAGUGAUUGCCUCCUUAAGUGAGUAACACACUUGAUGUACUGGAAAGAAAAAGCUCAAUGUAACUGAAAUAAACAGCAAGAUCUACUAAAUAAAU